AUGGCGGACACAAUUGGAUUAGGUGAUGGAGAGGAGGUGGAAUCAGGUCGUUCUGAUGAUGAAGAUGAAGAUGACAGCAUCCCUCCUCGAGCUAAAUGGCAAUCAACUUACUUGGCCUUCAAUGAUACGCCUCACUAUAAGCAUGAACUACACUAUCGAGAUCCUUUGGAAGCCAUUCAAACGUUGCUGGGCAUCCUGCUCAUGCUCAAGAUAUUGUCUAUAAGCCUUCAAAGAUAUUACAGACUCUUCUCAUUCUACCCGCAUAUUAAUGAAAUGUGGACAGGGCGUUGGUGGCAUGCAGUCCAGACAAAAACUCAGCUGACCCGGUUUUCUGCAUCCAAAUCAGCAUACCCCGUCUACCUCACUCUAGGCAAUAUACCUAGAGCAAUACGACGGAAAUCCAGUCAGCACGCCUGUAUUCUUAUAGGGUAUUUAUCUGUGGAUAAAAUCCUAAAGGAGGAGCUAUCUGCAAGAGAAGUCUCUUCCAGGGUACAGCCUUGCUAUGUGGCGGAUUAUCCUGAGCAAUGCUUGGUUACCUGUACCAAGUACGGUACUUGUCCCAAGUGUAGGGCUAGAGCGGAUGAAUUGGCUGAAAUACAACAUUUUGCCAGAUGUACUCAACCUUGGACCUCAUCAUGCAUGUCUCAGGAUGUAGCUGGAGGCGUAUUUGAACCAUUUUGGCUGGACUUCCCUCAUUGCGAUAUUCACUUGGCUAUCACAUCUGACGUACUUCAUCAACUGUAUCAAGGGAUAUUCAAGCACAUGGUCGAGUGGUGUCAGGAGCUUAUGGAUGAAGAAGAACUGGAUCACAGACUUAGAACUCUCCCCUCCUUCUUAUGGCGCUGGUCUGCUUUGGGUCAAGUCGGUGGAAAAGAGAGGAAAAAUAUGGCUAGAGUGCUAUUGGCUUGCUUAAUUGGCAAAGUUCCAAGAGGCGUCAUUCAGGCAUACCGUGCCCUCCUUGAUUUCAUUUAUCUUGCCCAAUAUCCCACUCAUGAUGACGACACUCUGGAAUAUAUGCAACAGGCCUUACAAGAUUUUCACCUUCACAAGGAAGUCAUCAUUAAUCUGGGUAUCCGAGACCAUCUCAAUAUUCCCAAAUUCCAUUCCUUGCAACACUACCUGGAGAACAUACGCAACUUCGGAACUACAGACAACUAUAACACGGAGAUGUUUGAGAGGUUUCAUAUUGACUUUUGUAAAGAGGGGUGGUACGCUUCCAAUGGAAGAAAUGAAAGGCCUCAAAUGAUCUCUUGGCUAACUAGAAGAGAGAAAGUAGCGUCAUUUCAAAGCUAUCUCAAGAUGUCUAUGGAGGAUGAAGAAGAAGAGUUUUCCCACUCAAGAAUCAUUCUUGCAAAGGCUUCAAGAAAGAUCUCAUCACCUAUCUCAACUCUCAGUUGGCUCACUCUCAUUCACGCGGGCAGCUCAGGAACAUGGAUCUUCCUUUUAGUCAUAUUGAUAUCUAUCAUGGAUUCAAAUUCUGUCUAG